ACCGGCCCGUGCCUCUGCUGCCCUGGGCCGCGCGCCGCUCCACGCCCUCGUCUCUCCUCCUCCUGCCCCGACUGCGCGCCUGGCACCGGGGACCGUUGCCUGACGCGAGGCCCGGCUCCACUUUCCCCCCCGCGUCUCUUCCUCCUGCUCUCCUCCUCCUCCUCCCUAACUCCAACUCCCUCGCGAGCCCCCGACUCCGUGCCGCUCCCCGUCCCGUCUCCUCCCGUCCGAAAGGUGGGACCGCGUCAUGGCACGGCUCGGCUUGCCCGCGCUUCUCUGUCUCCUGGCCGCGCUCAGCGCCGCGCUGCUGGCUGCCGAGCUCAAGUCGAAAAGUUGCUCGGAAGUGCGACGUCUCUACGUGUCCAAAGGCUUCAACAAGAACGAUGCCCCCCUGCACGAGAUCAACGGUGAUCAUCUGAAGAUCUGUCCCCAGGGUUACACGUGCUGCUCUCAAGAGAUGGAGGAGAAGUACAGCCUGCAAAGUAAAGAUGAUUUCAAAAAUGUGGUGAACGAACAGUGCAAUCACUUGCAGGCCGUCUUUGCUUCCCGUUACAAGAAGUUUGAUGAAUUCUUCAAAGAGCUGCUUGAAAAUGCCGAGAAAUCCCUGAAUGAUAUGUUUGUGAAGACAUAUGGCCGCUUAUACAUGCAAAACUCUGAGCUAUUUAAAGAUCUCUUUGUGGAGUUGAAGCGCUACUACGUGGUGGGGAACGUGAACCUGGAAGAAAUGCUAAACGACUUCUGGGCUCGGCUCCUGGAGCGCAUGUUCCGCCUGGUGAACUCCCAGUACCACUUUACCGACGAGUAUCUGGAGUGCGUGAGCAAGUAUACAGAGCAGCUGAAGCCCUUCGGAGACGUCCCGCGGAAACUGAAGCUGCAGGUCACUCGUGCCUUCGUAGCAGCCCGUACUUUUGCUCAAGGCUUAGCGGUUGCAAGAGAUGUAGUGAGCAAAGUCUCUGUGGUAAAUCCCACAGCACAGUGUACCCAGGCCCUGUUGAAGAUGAGCUAUUGCUCCCACUGCCGGGGGUUGGUGACCGUGAAGCCCUGUUACAACUACUGCUCGAACAUCAUGAGAGGCUGUUUGGCCAACCAAGGGGAUCUCGAACUUGAGUGGAACAAUUUCAUAGACGCGAUGCUCAUGGUGGCGGAAAGGCUGGAGGGUCCUUUCAACAUUGAAUCCGUCAUGGAUCCCAUCGACGUGAAGAUCUCCGAUGCUAUUAUGAACAUGCAGGAGAACAGCGUGCAAGUGUCACAAAAGGUGUUCCAGGGAUGUGGACCGCCCAAGCCCCUCCCAGCCGGACGAAUCUCUCGGUCCAUCUCUGAAAGUACCUUCAGUGCUCGUUUCCGGCCCUAUCACCCCGAGGAACGCCCCACCACAGCAGCUGGCACUAGUUUGGACCGCCUGGUUACCGAUGUCAAGGAGAAGCUGAAACAGGCCAAGAAGUUCUGGUCGUCUCUCCCUAGCAACGUUUGCAACGAUGAAAGGAUGGCUGCGGGAAAUGGCAACGAAGAGGACUGCUGGAACGGAAAAGGCAAAAGCAGGGCAAGCACUGGCAACCCUUCUGGACCCGACGCGACAAACGGAAGGCCUCUAGACGUUCUUAGGUACCUGUUUGCAGUGACAGGAAAUGGAUUAGCCAACCAGGGCAAUAACCCAGAAGUCCAGGUCGACACAAGCAAACCAGACAUACUGAUCCUCCGCCAGAUCAUGGCUCUUCGGGUCAUGACCAGUAAAAUGAAGAAUGCUUACAAUGGGAAUGAUGUGGACUUCUUUGAUAUAAGCGAUGAGAGCAGUGGAGAAGGCAGUGGAAGUGGAUGUGAGUACCAGCAGUGCCUUUCGGAGUUUGAGUACAAUGCCACUGACCACGCUGGGAAGAGUGCCCACGACAAAGCCGACAGUGCUGGUGCCCGUCCCGGGGUGCAGCCCUACCUCCUCGCGGUCUUCUGCAUCGUGUUCCUGGUUGUGCAGAGAGAGUGGAGAUAAUUUUGCAAACUUUGAGCAAAAGCGUUCAUCAUCAGAAAUUUCAAAAGGCACCGGUUAUCACUUUUCUACCAUCCUAGUGACUUUGCUUUUUACAUGAAUGGACAACGAUGUACAGUUUUUACUAUGUGGCCACUGGUUUAAAAAAUGCUGACUGUAUUUUCAUUCAGUUUUUGGGGCAAAGGGGAUUUGUACGUUCUGUUGGUUCCUGCUACCCCAGAAUCAUGUUAAACGUGGCUAACAGUGUAGGUACAGAACUGUAGUUAGUUGUGCAUUUGUGAUUUUAUCACUAUUGUUUGUUUGUUCUUUUCUCAUUUUGUUUGUGGGUUUUUUUUUUAAUUCCAAUUACGAUCUCACCUUGUUUCUUACAAGAAAACCAGGGUCCUUUCUUGGCAUGUAACAUGUACGUAUUUCUGAAAUAUUAAAUAGCUGUACAGAAGCAGGUUUUAUUUAUCAUGUUAUCUUAUUAAAAGAAAAAGCCCAACAAGCAGUAAAAUUUCCAUUUAUCCCUGUUAUUUUAGUUGCCUUAUGUGGACACAAGUGGAGGUGAUUUGGGAUUUUUCUAUUAUUGUUAGGAGAGAACGUGAAGGUACAAGUAGGCUUCGGAGCCACCUGUCAGAUUGUAUGCGAGCAUCAGCACAAGAAGGAGGGUAUACUUCGUGUACAGUUGGUGAUUGGAAGAGACUGCAGACUCCCCAUUUUUGUUAAUAUUAUAUAAGCUAAGAGCACAUAUGGAUCUGUUUCUUAAAGCCCACUUGUCCUUAAAGUGUAACCCAUUUCCAAGAAGAUUCUUGAUAUAGUGUCACUUGAAAGAUGCUUAAAGUAUUCAAGAGAUCCCACUUAUCACCUGUUCACAGUUGGGUGUGGAGGUGGUUUUUUUUUUUUUUUUUCCAAUUUUAACCAGGCAAAUUAGCACGCCACUAACUGAGUGUGCCAGUUUGCACAGCCACACUGCCCCUCUUUGAAUUUCUAUCCCAGUGGCGGCAGCAAGCGGCCAACCAUUUCAUUUGGUCCCCCUUGUUCCAGUGGUCCAGAUGUCAGGCCCAGCCAGAUCCAGGGAGCCAUCUGGGAGCUAGCCAGAACCGGGGUACAGCCUGGGCUCAGGGAAUAGCUGUCAAUACUCCAGUGAAGUUUCUGUCUGUGCAUGUGUAUUUGCAUUUCUUUUUGGAUCCCAGUUUUUUUGUCUUAAGAGAGUGUAAGGUGUCUUAUCUGAGUCCUUUCUUGCCCAACCCCCUCUGAGAAAGCAAAGGACUUGCAGUGGUUCGCAGCUGUGUGCUACCCAUUGCAGCGAAGGAGCCCAUUUGGGGGAGAACUAGUUGUCCAGAGUUUUCAUGUGUUAUGUUGUUGAGGGUGGGGGCGGGAGUUAGGGGAGUAGGUAGAACCAAGAAGAGCACAUCAUAGUGGUGAUCCUUAGCCACAUGGGUGAACUGGCAAAGGCCGUAUCUGUUGUUUCAGGCCAAAGAUUGACAACUGCCUUGGCCCCUUGGGGACCCUUUCCUUGUGUUCUUACCAAAUGACAGCUCACAGAAGCAUGAGAAUGUAACAGAUCACUUUAAAGGAGGUUCCCACACGUCUUCAGAAAGACUGCAGUUCUGCAAGUCUCUUCCUGCUUUGGACAGUCAUUGAGAUCCCAUUGAGUUCUAGAGAACCAGAAACCCACAGAGAGGUUGUUUGUGUUAUUGUUCAAUCCUCAGUUGUAAGAGUAAUUCUCUAUUUUUAUAUUGAAACAUAAUUACUUGAUAGCUCAGGGUCUACAUUUCAUUCAACUUUUUACACCAAAUUCUGCAGAAUGGUCAAAAUGGCUUAUCUGGGGCUGUUGUAAACAGAGGCUGAAUUUUAUUAGAAGUAGCCAGUUAUUUAUUAAAGCAUGAUGUUAAUAAAAUAGGCAUAUUCUGGCUGAUGUGUGUUUUUUUUUUAAACAAAUCACAGAAGACAUCAAAUUGAAAAGGAACUCCAUUUUAUGUAUGAGGAAAAAAUAGAUUGUAAAUAGCUAGGCUGCCUUGUGAGAACUUGGAAAAUGUGCUGAUACUUAGUAACUACCUCAGUUGUGAGGAAUUUCCUUUUUAGCGUAGACUGCUAUUACUUUUACUUGGUAGAAAGGAUUCUGGUCUCCAAAAUAUGGCUCCAAGAGUUAUCCCCAUAGACCUUGUUAGAUUGUUUUUAAUUUAAAACCUUGAACUCCGCCCAGCUGUUUUCUCUCAGUCAAGUUCCCUAAACCAAUAACAUUUUCUGAAUUAAAUAGUCUUGAAGGUUCUCCUGGACUCUUACUGAGUUAUUUUCUCUCUUUGCAUUUUUUCUGUUACCGUUUAU